AUGUCCAGGGUGAGACAUAACGAUGAGACGACAAGACGUUUUUGGGAGGAAUACGGCAGUCGUAGUGGGGGGCUGGAGGCUGUCAUGGGCAGAGUCAACCCCCUCUACCUGAUCCUGCCCCUCAUACUGCUUUUCCUGCUCAUUGCUGCCGUGGUCAUCACUGUGUGGAGGUGUCACUCUCGCAAGUACUCUGAGCGCAGCCCCGCCAUGGGAUGCCCUCACCGGGAGUCCGGCCUGUCUGUGGUCUCCAUGGACCAGUGGGGGAGGGACUACCACCCAGAGCACCUGGAGCUCAGCGUUCACAGCAGCCCAGCUUACCCAGGCUCCGAGCUCACACCAGACAGAGGAAGCGCGGCAGACCCCCCGCCAUCUUACGAGGAGAUGGUGGGCCAUACCGACGUCCAUGUAGAGACAGAGCCCCCCCCUCAGUACGAGGACAUAGUCAAUAGUGCUGUUGUAGGCCAUGGGAAGUGACUCCCCCCCCCCCUUUUGCCAUUGCACUGAUUUGACCCAAGAGACUCCAGCCCUCCCUUGUCUGCACCUUCAACAGCAAUACCAUCCUCAGC